GGACACUUGCUUUCCCAAAACCUACUCGCCCUCGCCCUCGCCCUCGCCCUCCCGUCUCCCUUGCCCACGCUCGCCCACGACUGGCUUUCUAUACCUUUUAGCUUAAUCUUUUUUCCUACCAUGAACGUCAGCUUCAGUUCGCCGACGGAGCAUCUGCUUCGCUUCACAGCCUCCGGAGGAAAGCCUUCGGCUCCGGCAACUGUUAGAUCAAGCACGGCCUGGCGAUCUUUUCGGCUUCCUGCUCCGGCGGGGUCCGCGAGAAUAAGGCGAAUGAGUAUCUCUUGUUCGGGUUCUGGGUCAGAGGUUCGUGGGCUCACUUACAAGGAUGCCGGCGUGGACAUCGACGCUGGUUCAGAGCUCGUUCGUAGGAUCGCUAAGAUGGCGCCCGGAAUAGGAGGGUUCGGCGGCCUUUUUCCAUUAGGUGACUCCUACCUUGUUGCUGGCACUGAUGGUGUUGGCACCAAACUGAAGCUUGCAUUUGAAACUGGUAUCCAUGACACAAUUGGGAUUGAUCUGGUGGCUAUGAGUGUGAAUGACAUAAUUACUUCUGGAGCAAAACCAUUAUUCUUCCUUGAUUACUUUGCGACCAGUAAUCUUGAUGUUGACCUUGCUGAAAAGGUGAUAAAGGGAAUUGUUCAUGGAUGCCAACAAUCUGAUUGUGCUCUGUUGGGAGGGGAGACAGCGGAGAUGCCAGAUUUUUAUGCCAAAGGAGAAUACGACUUGAGUGGAUUUGCUGUUGGCAUUGUUGAGAAGAAUAAGGUUAUCAAUGGUAAGAACAUUGAGGCUGGAGAUGUUCUUAUCGGUCUUCCAUCUAGUGGUGUGCACUCUAAUGGCUUUUCUCUUGUCAGAAGGGUUCUGUUACAGAGUGGUCUUUCAUUAAAUGAUCAGCUUCCAAACAACAAUGGCGAAAGCAUCACUUUAGGCAAAGCUUUAAUGGCACCUACAGUCAUCUAUGUCAAGCAGGUGUUGGACAUUAUCAGCAAGUGGAGUGUCAAAGGAAUAGCUCACAUCACCGGCGGUGGGUUUACUGAUAACAUCCCAAGAGUAUUUCCUACCGGACUCGGAGCAAAAAUUUUUAUAGAUUCCUGGGAAAUCCCUGCUCUAUUCAAAUGGUUAAAACAGGCUGGAGGUAUCGAGGAAUCAGAGAUGAGGCGUACUUUUAACAUGGGAAUUGGCAUGGUUCUUGUAGUGAGCAGGGAGACGGCCACAGGAAUUCUAUCAGAAUGCCAGGGCUCUUCAGGAGCUUUUCUCAUUGGGGAGGUCUUAAAUGGUGAAGGCGUCGAGUAUGUAUAACUAAAAAAGUGCCUUUGCUGUCGUUGUGAAACUUGAUAAGAGUGGGUGAGAAAACAGUGGCGGCAGAAUUUUAAAGAUUAAGCCUAAUUUAAUAAAAAAAAUCUGGGAUAUUUUCCCACUGUAA